GCAGCCUGAGCUGGAGGAGGUGGAGACAGGACUAGAUGGGCAGUGCGAGGAGUGAGAUGCGGCAGUAGACCUGAAGGCUGCCGAGCAUCAGAGCGUUCGCUCAACUCUACAGAAACCACAGUUGCCCAGCUGAGCUGAGCUCUCUCUCCAGACACCACAACAUUGCGGCUCAUUCCAGCGUUCCCGGGGAGCCAAUCACUGCAAGCGCACAGAAGAAUACAAGGACACAAGGAUAUUUUAUUGGUCAUACGUAGUAUCACUUCCGUGAAGCACGUAGUGAAAAGGACAAGCAACACCAAAUAGGGAGUCAUGAAAAUUGAAAUGAAGUGAUAGACUUCAGCCUUGGCUUCUAAGCAAAACGCGCUACUCCAACACCGAUGCAAGGAUGCCCAUCUCCGUGCAGAACAUCUCAGCCACGUCGGCCACGGUGCACUGGCCCUCAGCGGCCGGUUGCCUGGACACCUUCUACAGCAUCAUGUACCACCCCAACUGGAACAGCCUGCUGAUGGGCUACUCGCGGAGCAAGAGCUUCCUGCGCGAGGACCGUGUGCCCGUCACCCAGACCACCACCUACCUGGGCAACCUGAGCCCGCAGACCACCUACAUCCUGUGCGUGACAUGCCGGCAGGCCAAGCCGGUGCGCGAGCAGUGCCAGGUGUUCAACACGCUGGACGAGGGGCCCGAGGCGGACGGCCUGCGCCGGGACUUGGCCAUGGGCGUGUGGCUGGCGAGCAGCCUGCUGCUCCUGCUCAUUGCCAUGGUGCUGCUCUGGGGCUGCCUCCACUCCCUGUGCCCGGGACGCGAGCACUGGGACCAGGCAGAUGGCGUGUGCCCCACCAUGUGCUCUCCGCGCCAGGUCAAGACCCUGCUGCCCGGAGGGGGAGCUGGAGGUGGAGAAGGAGGUGGUGGAGGCGGAGACGCAGAGCAAAAAGGGCAUCUAAGGGACAGCAGCUUCUAUACUCCUAGUGGCAGUGAGGAGGAGGAGGACGACGACAAAGAGGAGGAUGACACAGGGAAGGACGGAAAACAUUCCCAGCUGGCAAUGUUACCAGGAAAUCCCUUCAGUGUGAAGGAAGGAGAGAAAAUCUCUGCUGAGCCACAGGGUCACGAGCUUGAAAGGCUCGCCACAUCCGGCAGACCAAUGUAAACACAAACUAUCAUGGUCUCUUCAAUGACUACUGAGUGGCUGUGUGUCGAACUGCAGACAUAAGGCAGUGUUGGAUACACUUAAAAGACCAAUGUGAUUUUCCUUUUAAUCACGACUGUUUUGUCCUGGGCACUGUCGAUGAGUAAUCGUGUGUGAAUUAUGAAGUCGAGAGUGCUUGGUACUCGAGACUAAUGCAGGAAGAAAAUGACCUUUUGAAUAUGGCUACAAUUACUACAUAGGCCACUUGCCUACUUUGAACGGAUAUAAUGAAGAAUAUAAAAACACGGGAAAUGGCAGCUCAAUACAGUUCUGAAACUUUGAACUCGGAAACAGCUUUUUCCCAUAUAUGAACAAGCUAAUGAUUGCAAAAAGGCUUUAGAGUGCUCUUUUAUUACUGCCAACUGCGUUUUAUGUGUUUACUGUAAGCUAGAUCUCACACAAACGGCGCAAGACAAACAAAAAACUACUGCCAGCAAGGCCAUCUCAUUUUGUAUAGUAUAGAGUGUGUACAGAGUGAAUGCAAACCUGUAAAACUGUUGCACUGUGUUUAAAAGCUCCAGAUACGCUCAGCUUUUUGUACCCUGCGCUGUAAGUCACUGUGACGAACUGUAAUUAACAUUUGCAAAAGAGAACGUGUGUCUAUUUCCAAGAAAUCCCCCCCCCCCCACCACCACCACUUCCUUUCUUUGAAAGCCAUUAGCACACCAUUAGUGGUUGUUGCAGCUCUGAUAAAACAGACAAUUGGCUUCGGUGUGAGAAAAUAAAAGGAGACCUUCUAGGCCUUCAUUAGCCUUGGUUGAGAUGGGGAGAAUAAAAUGAACUCCAAACAUCCUGCCCUAAUGCUUAAGAGUGCGGAGACAAUAUGUAAGGGUUAACGUUCGGCGAGAAGGUCGCUACCGUGGAAUAGCAGCACGACAGAGAGAAUCUUUAGACCCCGACGCGGAGCGGAGGGGUCUUGUUCUCUCUGAAGUGCUGCUAUUCCACAAAGCGACCGACUCGCCGAAAGUUAACCCGCUUAUUAUAUGGAUAUACUUAAAUGAUUCACACAUGCGGGGACAUUUCUUUAGACCUAUUUAAUGUUAAGAUUGUUGCUGCACAAAACAAAACAGUGCCGUUGUGGAACACCGCUAGGCAACAGCUAGGUAGGCUAGCCAGGACAACAGGUGUUGUCUAUCACAGCAGCUGAUUAGAGUGACAAAAGACCGGACCCCCUGCGGAGUGAUAUGAAACAUUCGCUUUAGCCACUGACUUGUAUACAAGCCAGUGGCUUUAGCAGUGAACGUCUUGUUGCCAUUGACAGCGGUAGCCAGGACAACGGGUGCUGUCUAUCACAGCAGUUGAUUAGAGUCUUGUUGAAAAGUCGCUUUAGCAGUGAAAAGUCUUGUUGCCAUUGACAGCGGUCUGUUAUAGACCAACCCGUCCGUUAUCGAAAAAUAACAGACGUCCGAACGUUGGGGAGCCCCGUUGAAAUGAAUGGAGCAUUCGACAGAUGACGUCACAACCAUAUAAUAAUGUAGAAUAUUGUUACACUGGCCGUGAGAACACCUGAAAUAAUCGAAUUAACUGACAAUCUUAUGACGUAAAAUCAAUCGCAGGUGAGUCAAAAGGUUUUCAGAAGGUGCCUAUAAACAUAUACAGUUAAUACAAUGUAAAGAAAUGUUAAUGUUAUUUGCCAUGACAAAAUAAAAGAAGCAUGGUGUGUUGUCAGAUGGACAUAUUUGUGCGUGGCAGACAAGUCCCUUGGGACAUGUUUUCCAGAUGCCAGCAAUUGUAGCAUCUAGUUGGAAUGCGUGUUUUGCUGUGCUCUGAG